CGCCCUGCGUUCCAGAUGAAACGCGUACAGGGGGCGUAUCCCUGACGUCACCACGCUGGACGUCUUUGGACUCUGAACUGUCUGGACUCACCGGCGGAGGAGUUAGCAAGCCAGUGGAACAUAAAUUUCAACAAAACGUUUUGUUUUGCUGAGAUCAGCGAUGGCUCUCACACAGGUGUCCUCUGACAAGUGCGCUGGUGGCUACCAGAAGGUUUUCGAACACGACAGCACUGAGCUCAAGUGUAAGAUGAAGUUUGCCGUCUACCUUCCUCCCAAGGCUGAGACCGGCAAAUGUCCCGUCAUGUACUGGCUCUCCGGCCUGACAUGUACGGAGCAGAACUUCAUCACUAAAGCUGGCAGUCAGCUUCCUGCUGCAGAGCACGGCAUCAUCAUCGUCGCUCCGGACACCAGCCCACGUGGGUGUAACAUCGAGGGUGAGGAUGAGAACUGGGACUUCGGUACUGGAGCUGGUUUCUAUGUUGACUCCACGCAGGACCCCUGGAAGACCAACUACCGCAUGUACUCCUACGUGACCGACGAGCUCCCCAAACUGAUCAACGCCAACUUCCCCACCGACCCAGACAGGACGUCCAUCAGCGGCCACUCGAUGGGCGGCCACGGGGCGCUCAUCUGUGCCCUGAAGAACCCUGGGAAAUACAAGGCUGUGUCGGCGUUCGCUCCCAUCUGUAACCCCAUGCAGUGUCCCUGGGGACAGAAGGCCUUCUCAGGAUACCUGGGCCCCGACAGGUCCACAUGGGAGGCGUACGACGCCACCGUAUUAGCGGCGUCGUACUCCGGUCCUCAGCUCGACAUCCUCAUCGAUCAGGGCCGCGACGACACGUUCCUGUCGGCCGGCCAGCUGCUGCCCGACAACCUGCUGGUCGUCUGCUCCAAGAAGAACAUCCCCGUGGUCUUCAGGCUGCAGCCGGGCUACAACCACAGCUACUACUUCAUCUCCUCCUUCAUGCACGAUCACAUCGAACACCACGCCAAGUUCCUGAACGCCUGAGUGAGCCGGUGGAGUCGCCCGUGGAGUCGGCCACGAGUCGGCCCGUCUGAAGCCUCCGGCGAGCAGCCCUCACCUAAAGGCUCUGGCAGACAGACAAAGUUCACAGAAAGUGUUGGUUUAAUGUCACAGCUUUUCACAAUAAAAUCCCCACUUGUUCA